UCUUUCUCACAGAGAUGUAGCGUGUGUGUUGGUGUGAUCGGCGGACCAUCAUGCACCUCUUCUUGCUGCUGAUCCUUCAAGCUACAGCAGCCAUCGGACAGAUUGAUCCCGCACAUUGUCGCUAUCCCUUGGGCAUGGAGGAUGGACGGAUCAAAGACGAUGCCAUCAAAGCAUCCAGCCAAUGGCACGAAACCACAGGACCCCAGUAUGCCAGGUUGUAUCGUGAGGAGGGAGAUGGGGCCUGGUGUCCUGCAGCGCUGCCUUCAGACAGUCAGUACCUGGAGGUGGAUCUGGGCAGGCUCACCUUUCUGACAGUUAUCGGGACUCAGGGACGAUAUAUCAGAAACUCCGGGAAUGAGUUUGCCCGAGAGUACCGUGUAAACUACAGCAGAGACGGCAGGCUGUGGAAGUCCUGGAGGAACCGGCAGGGGAACGAGGUCAUCGAGGGCAACAAAGAUGCCUACACCUCUGUCUUCAAAGACCUUCACCCCCCAAUCGUCACCCGCCAUGUCCGCCUGCUCCCCGUCACCAAACUGUCCACCACUGUCUGCAUGAGAGUGGAGCUGUACGGCUGCCCGUGGGAGGACGGGCUGAUCUCCUACAGCGCUCCAGAGGGUCAGCGCAUGAUGCCGCCCGGUUAUCCCAUCGCCACCCUCAAUGACUCCACAUAUGAUGGAGUACACGAGAGGGGGAGGCUUUCUGGCGGCCUGGGUCAGCUGACGGACGGCGUGACCGGCCAGGAUGACUUCACAAAGACCCGUGUGAAGUCAUCCUGGCAGAGCGUGUGGCCCGGCUAUGACUACCUGGGCUGGAAGAACGACUCGCUGGAACACGUGGAGAUGGAGUUUGUGUUCGAUGGGCAGAGAAACUUCACCUCGAUGAAGGUGCACAGUAACAACAUGUUCUCCCGCGGCGUGAAGAUCUUCUCCUCGGUCUCCUGUUGGUUUAAGCCCCACUUCGGAUGGGAGGCGGAGCCUGUGGAGUUCAGGACGGUCCUGGAUGACCGGAACCCAAGCGCCCGCUACGUCACAGUGCUUCUGAACCACCGCACUGCCAGAUUCGUUCGCUGCCGCUUUUACUUCGCUGAUGUUUGGAUGAUGUUCAGCGAGAUUUCCUUUCAGUCAGUGGACACCGUACUCCCAACCCAGAUGACAUCUCCUCUACCCACUCAGGACACCAUCACAACCCCUGCAACAAAGCCAGCAGUUGAUCCAUCAGCCAGUGACCCACCAGAUGAUGGAAAAACACCCAUCCUGAUUGGCUGCUUGGUAACCAUCAUCCUUUUGUUGGUCAUCAUCAUCUUCCUCAUCCUAUGGUGCCAGUAUGUCUGCAAGGUGUUAGAGAAGGGUCCACGUCAGAUUCUUGAUGAGGAGGUGAUGGUUCGGCUGUCGUCCUGCAGUGACACCAUCAUUUUACAGACUCCUCCUGUGCCCCCACGAUCCGGACGCGCCCCCGCCGGUCCCGUGAACUCUGACCCUCACUAUGAGAGAAUUUUCCUGUUGGACCCACAGUACCAGAACCCAGCGGUGCUGAGAAACAAGCUCCCGGAGCUGUCGCAGAGCGCAGAGGCAUCUGCCUGUGGGGGGGGGUACGCCGAGCCCGACAUCACCCAGUGCACGCCGCAUCAGUGUUUCCAUAACAACGCGCCGCACUACGCUGAGACGGACAUCGUGCGGCUGCAGGGCGUCACCGGCAGCAACAUGUACGCCGUCCCCGCCCUCACCGUCGACUCUCUCACCAGGAAGGACAUCUCCGCGGCCGAGUUCCCGCGGCAACAGCUGAUCUUCAGGGAGAAGCUCGGGGAGGGGCAGUUUGGCGAGGUCCAUCUGUGUGAGGCAGAGGGACUCCCAGAGUUCCUUGGGGAAGGCUCGCCCCUCCCUGACCGAGAUGGCCGCUCGGUGCUCGUGGCUGUUAAACAGCUGAGGGCCGACGCUACCAGCCAAGCCAGGAACGACUUCCUGAAGGAAAUAAAGAUCAUGUCCCGCCUGAAUGACCCCAACAUCAUCCGACUGCUGUGUGUGUGCGUGUCGUCCGACCCGCUGUGCAUGGUUACUGAGUACAUGGAGAACGGAGACCUCAACAUGUUCCUGUCGCAGCGGGAGAUCGAGAGCACUCUGACACAUGCCAACAACAUCCCUUCAGUCAGCCUGUCUGACCUCCUCCACAUGGCGGUGCAGAUCUCUUCAGGGAUGAAGUAUUUGGCAUCUUUGAACUUUGUGCACCGUGACCUGGCUACGAGAAACUGCCUGCUGGACCGCCGCCUCACCAUCAAGAUCGCCGACUUUGGCAUGAGCCGAAACCUGUACAGCAGCGACUACUAUCGCAUCCAGGGCCGGGCGGUGCUGCCUAUACGAUGGAUGGCCUGGGAGAGCAUCCUGCUGGGUAAGUUCACCACAGCCAGCGACGUGUGGGCCUUUGGAGUCACCCUUCGCUACAACGUGGUGAUGGAGGCGGACACGGCCGGUCAGCUCAGAGGACGAAUUGUUCCAGUUCCAGACCUUUGGGUCCACAGUGAACAAACCAGUUUCAGCUUCUUCUAUCCUUUUCCAGCCCCUUUGACCCCCCCCCAGCCUUUUAACUUACACCAUCUUUUCCUCUCUUUGGCUUUUAGAGAUUCCAGAAAUGGGACAGUUCUGGCAGUUUCUCCAUCCCUGUGGUUUUUAUUAUUAUUAUUAUUAUUAUUAUUAUUAUUAUUAUUGUAAAGCACUGUGUCUGUGUCUCUCAGUUAUUCUUGUUCAUAUAUUAAUCCACACUGGAGCUAGGGCUAUAGGGUCAGAUUUUAGUGUAGGAUUUGAUUUUUUUUAGAUUUUAUUUGUUCAUGUUUAUUUGUUUUAUUGUUUCACAAUCAUUGGUCUUUUUUUGGUGGAUAUGAAUGUUGAUCAGCUGAGGUUCACAUCAUGGUGCCAAGAAGCUGCGCUGAGGAAACCUGUGUGAGUCAGUCAGAGGGAAUCUGUGGGAAAUUUGGAAAAAUCAUUAAAGCCAUGUAAGAAAAACAGUAUGAUGCUAUUUUGUUGCCACAGAGGAGAAAAAAUGAUUGAAAUGCAACUAAAAGAGGAUUUUAAACAGCGUCUCCUUGAAGACUCCCACAGCUGGAUCCUUUCAGUCAGUGCUUUUCAUAUGUAGCAGCAUUAGGACCAGAGGGACGGUCUGGUUUGCACCUCUGAAGAGUACAGAUCCACAGAUAGAAACUGCAGAAAUAUUAAGUGCAUUGCUGCCACUGUAGAUGUCUCACUGUGUGAUCUGUGCAGGCUGUUGUAGCCUGACUUUGACUUGAAGUCUGGUACAGAGCCUAUGAGCCCUCACCGAGGCAGAAGGUCAGCACGUCAAGACGAGGUGUACCAUCUACAUUUGGGGCUGUGAGUACCCAAACUACUGAGUUAGAACAAGGUCACUAUCAGCUGACAGACUGUGGUCAGACUGAGCCGUUAGAUCGCGGAUGGAUUACCAGCUGGGUGAAGCCACAGGUUCAUCUGUCACCACUGCUUUAAAAAAGUGUCUCCUGCAUUAAUAGAAAUUUCUGACCCUGUGUAGUGGAGCAACCCUGUGGCAGACUUUAUUAUUUUAGUUUAUCUUGUCCUCACUUUAUCCCUAAAGUAAUAUAAAUAAAGCGUAUGAUUUCAGACCACAGCUCUGGUUACAUGGUUCAUAUUGAAAGGGUCAGGAGGUCAGUGGAGGCAGAUCUUUGCCCAGGGGCCAACAAGAUGCUCCAAAAGCAUCUCAAACUUCAUUCUGACUCUUCUUAAUCAAAGGAUUGAGACAAUGCUUACUAAGCAACUGAGGGGCAGUCAUGAGGAAGGCCCGAAGCAAAGCACGCCCUGCUCUAAUGCCUGUUUAUCUCUACAUGGGACCAUAGUUUACUAUGUGCUGAAUUAAGUGAGACUAGAAACUAUUGAAUGAUACAGUAAAUAAGUCAGGAGGAGGAGGAAGAGUCUUUACUGAGGUCACAAAUCAAAUUAGCUGCAGGGUGAUGCUCACAGACUUCUAUACAAUCGGACUGCCCUUUGCAGGGCAGCCGCCCCCUGCUGGCCAUUAGAAAGAAUGGAGGUUUGAGGUACUUCUGUGUUUUCCCCCAUUUUUGCCCCACUGUGUUGCAGUCUUUAACUGACUGAAGUGACGCUGUGAUCACUGAGCAUGUGGCCUUCAUGUUAGCAGGAGCCACUUUGCCCCCAUGCUGCCUGUACCAUCCAUAAAGCAUGGUAAACAUGGUAACGCAUAAUUUAAUGUCUGUUUAGGUUACUUAAUGUCAUUGUCAUUCUUUAUAUGCAGUCCAGAUUUGCAGUAUUUUAAAUCCUCCCUGAGAAAAAAUUUGGAUAAAAUGAAAAAUGUUGCAAACAGAGGAAGAGCAAACAUGUUGAUUUGAGUACAUUUUUCAGUGUUUUGUUAUCUGUACUGUAUCUUACAUUUCUGAGUGUGUUUGUGUGAGUUUUUAAGAGAAAAUGAGACACUGAGUGAGUCUUUUCAACAUUCCUUUGAGCACUGGGAGCUAGUUGAGGUUAAAGUGGUAACUGGAGUCGCUCUGUUGUGCCAAAUUACAUUAAAUGAGGGUGAGAGUGAGUUUUUUCUUUUCUUUUUUUUUUUUUUUUUUUUACAAAGCAAGAGGAGAAGAUGGGCAGAAGGAAACCACUAAACUCAAUCUCCCAGAGUCCUUUGCUACAGUGAGCCUGUGCAUUUUGUUUUUGUUCCAUUAGAGAGAUCUUUUAGUUUGAUAGUGUACAGUAUAAUUGGUCUGUAAUAUCUCAGUGUGUGAAUGCAGAUUAGGUGUGAUAAUUGUUGUUAAUUAAUUAUCUAUCUGAGUUUAUAGUAACUAUUUCUGAUUGUGGAGGUGUUGGGUUUGUUUUUCCACAGGAAUUCAGCAUUUACGGACAUUUUUCUAAAUAAGAUGUUCUGUUUGUUUUCCUGCUGUGUUCACUAUCAUUUCUCAUCCACACUGUUUAAUCUUUGCUUCCUUCUUCAGUAUGUGUCAGACAUAUAGUGUACAUAGGCUAGCAGCUGGUUAUAUUAAUAUAUUGGGAGCAGGGAGCUUGGUGCUCUCUGCUCCCAAGUGGUUUUCACUCCGUACGCGAUCUCGUUUUGGUUUGUUUUUCCUAUAAUAAAUAGUAAAAGCUG